AGAGUGUGAGCAAAAGCGGCUGCGCUGCCUGUCUCGGGGAUGGAGGAGUCCCGCGCGGGGAUGGGCCAAGCAAUCACCGCCUUUCCCUGAAGAACCGGGCGACGAGCUGAGACGCGAAAGCGGACCAUGGCGGGCAUUAUCAAAAAGCAGAUCCUUAAGCACCUUUCCAGGUUCACCAAAAAUCUAUCACCUGAUAAAAUCAACUUGAGCACACUGAAAGGUGAAGGUCAGGUAACCAAUAUAGAGCUUGAUGAAGAAGUACUUCAGAAUAUGCUAGACCUUCCCACUUGGCUUUCCAUCAACAAAGUGUUUUGUAAUAAAGCUUCUAUUAGGAUACCAUGGACAAAAUUGAAAACACAUCCAAUCUGUUUGUCAUUAGAUAAAGUAAUAAUGGAAAUGAGUACAUGUGAUGAACCUCGUGACCCAAAUGGACCAUCACCUAUAGCAACUGCAUCAGGACAAAGUGAAUAUGGUUUUGCUGAGAAAGUUGUAGAAGGCAUAUCUGUUUCUGUAAACUCCAUUAUAAUCCGAAUUGGAGCAAAAGCUUUCAAUGCUUCAUUUGAACUUUCUCAGUUGAGAAUAUAUAGUGUAAAUGCAAAGUGGGAACACGAUGAUCUAAGAUUUACUCGAAUACAAGAAUCACAGCGUGGAGAGGUAUUGACAUUUAAAGAAAUCAACUGGCAGAUGAUCAGAAUAGAAGCAGAUGCAAUCCAAAGCUCUCAGCAUGAAAUCAUGAGUGCUCCAGUUCGUCUGAUUACCAACCAGUCUAAAAUUAGAAUCAUACUUAAGAGAAGGUUAAAAGAUUGCAAUGUGGUGGCAUCCAAACUAAUUUUAAUACUGGAUGAUUUACUGUGGGUUUUGACUGAUUCCCAAUUGAAAGCUAUGGUACAGUAUGCUAAAUCCCUUAGUGAAGCAAUAGAGAAAUCAGCUGAACAGAGAAAAAGCCAUGCUUCUGAACCCAUGCAAAGUUCCAUGUCAGCAUAUAAUUCUCAGGAGAUGAAAACUCAACAGUCUUCAGCAGCUUUUGAUCAAAAUGAUGCAAUUGUAAGAUUAUUCAAUGAUUUUGAUGUUAAGGAAACAUCUUACCAUCUAGCAAUUUCUCAUUUGGAUCUGCAUAUCUGUGAUGAUAUUUACACCAAGGAAAAGGAUGCAAACAGACGUGUGUCAGGAGGUGCUAUGCAGCUGUCCUUUAGUCAGUUAACUAUAGACUACUAUCCAUUUCACAAAGCAGAUGAGAGCUGCAGCCAUUGGAUGCAUUACAGUGAUGCUACAAAAACCAGAAGUGAAUGGGCAGAAGAACUGCUGCAAGAGUUCAAAGGAAAUAUUGAAUUGCUUAAGCAGGCUGUGAAGGAUCACAGUUUAGAUUCUCCAGUUAAAUCCCCAUUCCAGGAGUCUCCACAGCAUAUGCAGAUAGGCAAGGAUCAAAUGUCAAAAGGAAUUUCUAAGUCUUUUGUGUCAUCACAGCAGCCAAAGGAGAAAUUGAUGUCUAGCCCAGUGGUAGUUAGACUUGCAGAUGUCAAUUUUUAUCAGGUCUCUACAGCAGAUCAGUGUCAUCGUUCGCCUAAAACUCUUAUUUCUUGCAACAAAAAAUCUCUGUAUCUCCCACAAGAAAUGCCAGCCAUUCAUAUAGAAUUCACUGAAUACUAUUAUCCAGAUGGCAAAGACUUUCCUAUUCCAAGUGCAAACUUGUAUAUUCAACUAAAUGCACUGCAGCUCACUUUGGACGAGAGAAGUAUUCUUUGGCUAAAUCAAUUUGUAUUGGAUAUGAAACAGAGUCUCAGUCAGUUUAUGGCCAUGUACAAGUUAAAUGACAAUUCAAAAUCAGAAGAACAUGUUGAUGUUCGAGUUGACGGAUUAAUGAUAAAGCUCAUCAUUCCUUCUGAAAGGAAGCAAAAACAUAGAGAUGAUCCAUAUGCAAUUUCCAUUCAGAGUUCUGAAAUGGUUGCUACAAAUGCUAGACAUUCAGCAAAUUGUAGACACUCUGAUUUGGAAGCAGCAUUCCAAAACUUCAAAGACUCUACAUUCUUCAGUAGAACUUUCACAGAGUUUCCCAAAUCUUCUGACUGUUUUAAUCUUUUGCAUCCCAUUUUUCAAAGACAUGCCCAUGAACAAGAUACAAAACUGCAUGAUAUCUAUAAAGGUAUUAUUACUCCUCAACUGAAUAAAUGUGCACUUAAAACCUCAGCUGCAUCAGAUGUUUGGGCAGUGCAUUUUUCCCAAUUUUGGAUGGACUAUGAAGGAAUGAAAAGUGGGAAAGGACGGCCGAUAAGCUUUGUGGAUUCAUUCCCACUUACACUUUGGAUUUGUCAACCUAUGAGAUGUGAACAGUCAUGCAAAGAGCCUUUUUGCAAUCAGGAAUCUCUCAACAGUUUGAAAAGUGAGUCUUGUGAUCUUGCUAAUCGCCUCCAGCAUAAAAAACGUCUGAAAGAGUAUUAUAGUACUGAAAUGGAAGCCUUCAUCAGUGGUACUGAAAAUGUGGGCUCCACUAAAAGCACUUUAGAAUCUCAGUCUGCAUAUGUUGCAGACAUUCAUGUUUUACUUCAUAUUCAGAAACAUGUAAGCAUGCAGAUAAACCAUUACCAAUAUCUUUUCUUACUUUACCUACAAGAAUCUCUUGUGUUACUCUUGGACAACUUGAGGAAAGAUGUAGAGACUGUGACAGGUAAUCCAGCAAAAGAGGCAAAUGUCUGUAUUGGGAUCUUAUUGAAAAGUGCUGACAUAGCUUUGUUGCUUCAUCCACUAGUGCAAGGAAGCAUGUGCAAUCCUCCCAUUUUAGAACAAGGAGGUCCAGGGACAUCAGAUCUCUUACCCAUGGAAAACAGAGAAGCUUGUGAAUCAAAAAGCAAGCUACUUUCUACUUCUACUACACAGAUGAACAAUUUAGAUAUUAAUGCUGUAACCAACUGUGGGUCUCUGAAUACUAAUCUUAAUCUUUUGAUGAAUCCAGUUUUAAAAUCAAAUAGUGAUAUGGAUUUGCCAAGCGAAAGUUCAUUUUUGAAUGAUGCAGCAGAAAAACAUUGGAGGAAAAUGAACGAAGAAAGUAAUAGUGGGCUUUUCAGUCAUAGUGAUUCAGAAGAAAUUUGUGAAUCACCAAGUGACAAUUCCUAUCCUAGAGAAUUGGCUGAUAUGUCAAAUUGCAGAGAAGACCCUAUCAAAAUGCUGAUGGACAAGGAAGAAGAGAAAAGUGGUUUAUCAAAUAACAAAAGUAAAGCAGAAUGCUCAGCUGUUAAAGUCAUAGAAACUGAAACUGAUUCUGUGGGACAGUCUGAGAAGUUUGAAAAUGGCAAAGAAAAAUUGAACACAGCAAAAAUGCUUGCAUUUCAGUCUCCAUUAAGUGGAAAGCCUAAGGAAUCGUGCCAGUCCAAUCUUCCUGCAUUCUCUGUUUCUUAUAAGAACAUGAAGAAAAGUCCAUCACAAGCCUCUUUGGAUACCAUUUCUACUGACAGCAACGUAUUUGAGGAUCACUGUUUGGAAAGUGAUGGAAGUGACAGCCAAAGCUUUUUGGAAAAAGCUAUCUUAUCCAAUAAACCCGUGGAAAAUAUGCCUGAUGAAGGCACAGAGAACGAGAACUAUGGUGAAUCAUCCCCAGAUGUCCUCAGUGCCAUUUCAGAGGGAACUCAGGAUGCUAGUGAAGAAAUGAUGUCAGUGGUAGUUUUUAAAAUAUUUGGUAUUAAUGGUGAAAUUGACAUCAGAGGUGAAGACACAGAAGUAUGCCUCCAGAUAAAUCAUGUUUUACCAAAUCAGCUGGGCAAUAUCAGUGUUCGACAUUAUCUUUGCAACCGAACAGCAGGUUCGGAUCCUAAAUGUACAGCUGGGCCAAUUAAACCAGUUCCUGAAGUAAGGCUGAGAUGGGAAAGUGGACCAAGUGCUGUAAUACAUUCAUUGAAAUCUGAAAAAACUGGGUUUCUACAAUGUCAUGUAGAAGAUUUUACUGCUGAUUUCCUAACUUCUUCACUUAUGAACAUUCAGCGGUUCUUGGAAGAUGAAAUGCUUGCAGAAGUGAUGCCUAUGAAUGUAAAAAUUUCUAAUACAAAAAUCAACAUAAAAGAUGAUAGUCCUCGUGAUAGUUUGUCUGCUCCUGAAUCAGUUCCAGUAACUGUGCAUAUUGAUCUACUUAUGAUAGAGAGAAAAGAUGAUGGCUCAUUUUACAUUACAGACCACCAAACAGUUAGUAGUGAUGCACCAAAGACACAAAGCAGAAUAGGCAAUCAGGUUGCUGAAGCUGAUACUCACAAGAAAAAAAUUUUUUGCUCCCAGUCUACACAAACCUCUCCAGAAAUUAAUACUUCCCAAGAAUUUAUGACUUUACCUAUAGUAAUCAAAGAACAGCUUGUUGAAGAAAAUGAAUGUCUAAAACAGGAAUUAGCCAAAGCCAAGAUGGCCCUUGCUGAAGCUCAUUUGGAAAAAGAUACCUUGCUUCACCAUAUUAAAAAAAUGAAUAAUGAAAAAUGUUAGCAGAUCCUAUACAUUAAUUUGAAACAAGAAAGGACACAUUUUAUAUUAGUUUUUGUUUAUGGAACUGAACUCAGAGCAACAUUUCUGCAGAAAAUUCACUUGUAAAAAGGGAUAAGAAAAAUUAGAUUUUUUUUCUUCUUAAACUCUAAGUUGCAGUGAGGAAGAACAAUUGCUAUUAUACAUCAUUAACUUGUGAAAUAACUGGUACAUGAAUAAAAUAUUCCUUUGUCACUGA